CGCUGCGGCGGAGGGACCAAAAUAGUCACUGGAGCAUCUACGAAUCCACUACCCGAUGACAGUUUGUGGGCUUUCGAUGUGGUUGGUGUAAUAUGUCAUAGGGUGGCUGUUAGAUAUGGAUGCGAAACGCACUGGCAGAAACGCAUGUGGGGGCUUGUGGUGCAGAGGAGAACCCACAGACGAAAGAACUACAGACAAGGCUAUUGUGGCGGGCUUCGGACCACAAGUUUCACUCUCAGAUACUGGGAGUUCCGCCUGGUUCCCUGGUUGACAUGCCUCGAGGAAUGGUGCCCGAAAACAGCAAUCCCCUCACGUGCCAGGCAUUACCCUUUCUGGAGGCACAGCACAUAAACAGAGGGCCAAGACAGGAGCAUUGGGAUAUGGUUGGGGAUCUGAAACGACCAACCCUUUUGGGGGUCGCUGAUGGGAGUAGUUAAACCUCUAGAUGUACUGGAACAGCCUUCCAUGGUUCCAGUAGGGAAUGCUGGGCCUAAUCUAUCCCUUUUCCCACCAGGCCCUUGUAGCAAUCUUAACCCGUCAGAUGUACUAUCCAGCCGCAUCGACUGCGCGACAGACAUUUUGCACGCAUUCGUUUAAAUCUGUACUACAAGUUC